GAUAUGGAAUAUUAUCUUGUAAAAUGGAAAGGAUGGCCAGAUUCUACAAAUACUUGGGAACCUUUGCAAAAUCUCAAGUGCCCAUUAUUGCUUCAGCAAUUCUCUAAUGACAAGCAUAAUUAUUUAUCUCAGGUAAAGAAAGGCAAAGCAGUAACUCCAAAAAAUAAUAACAAAGCUUUGAAACCUGCCCUUGCUGAGUACAUUGUAAAGAAAGCUAAACAAAGGAUAGCUCUACAGAGAUGGCAAGAUGAACUCAACAGAAGAAAGAAUCAUAAAGGAAUGAUAUUUGUUGAAAAUACUGUUGACUUAGAGGGCCCACCUUCAGACUUCUUCUACAUUAAUGAAUACAGACCAGCUCCUGGAAUCAGCUUAGUAAAUGAAGCUACCUUUGGUUGUUCCUGCACAGAUUGCUUCUUUGAGAAAUGUUGUCCUGCUGAAGCUGGAGUUCUUUUGGCUUAUAAUAAAAACCAGCAAAUUAAAAUCCCACCUGGUACCCCCAUCUAUGAAUGCAACUCAAGGUGUCAGUGUGGACCUGAUUGUCCCAAUAGGAUUGUACAAAAAGGAAUCACAAGUGAAGAAGCUGAAAGACGAGGGCAGUUAUAUGACAACAAAGGCAUCACAUAUCUCUUUGAUCUGGACUAUGAAUCUGAUGAAUUCACAGUGGAUGCAGCUCGAUUUGGAAAUGUGUCUCAUUUUGUGAAUCACAGUUGUGACCCAAAUCUUCAGGUGUUCAAUGUUUUCAUUGAUAACCUCGAUACUCGUCUUCCCAGAAUAGCGUUAUUUUCCACAAGAACCAUAAAUCCUGGAGAAGAGCUGACUUUUGAUUAUCAAAUGAAAGGUUCUGGAGAUAUAUCUUCAGAUUCUAUUGACCAUAGUCCAAACAAAAAGAGGGUGAGAACUGUAUGCAAAUGUGGAACUGUGACUUGCAGAGGUUACCUCAACUGA